AUGUCGAUGCUUAUCAUGUUCGUGGAUACAAGUAACAAAUAUUUAGAGCGGUCAUACACGGCGACUAGGCAGCGAUGUCUAGUUCCGGAAUGCGAGUCGACAGCCCCAAAUACUACGACACCAGGGUGGUGGCCGCCAGAGGCGGAUUCUCGCUGCUCGAAACCGAGAUUAGACAGCAGCGUUGGCAGCGCCAACGGCAGCUGCAGCCGCGCUUCUUUCGGGAACGCAACAGAAUCGUGCAACGCCUGGUUUUAUGAACAUAACAAUUCUAUUGUAUCCGAGUUUGACUUGGCGUGUCAGGAGUGGAAACGAACGCUGGUGGGGACAAUUCACAACGUUGGCGUGCUGCUGUCGAUGCCGCUCAUGGGAUACAUCUCCGAUAAAUGGGGUCGCCGCACGGCGCUGGUGGCAAGCAGCACGGGGCUGGUAUUUGGUGUCCUGAAGGGCCUCACCUCCGGCACGCACCACUACGCGCUGUACCUCGCUCUUGAAUUACUUGAGGCUGCUAUAGUUACCGGCACCUAUACCACUGCUUUUGUCUUCAUGGUGGAGCUGAUCGGCAACGACAAGCGCAUUCUUGCAUCAGCAGCCUUAGGCUUCGCCAUCGCCUUAGGGGAACUAAGCUUAGCGCUGAUCGUGUGGCUAGUUCCGCACUGGAAGCAUUUCCAACUCAUCGUCUACAGCCCUCCAGCGCUCUUCUUUUCUUACCUGUUCGUGCUAGAUGAGAGCCUGCGCUGGUUGCUCACAAAUGACAAGAAGCAGCGAGCGUCUGUACUUAUACACAAGAUGGCGCGAAUCGACGGCAAAGACGAAAAGACCAUACGAGAUGCCUUCGAGCACAGAGAUAGAGAAAAAGAAGAAAAAUUCAGUUUGAGACUGCUGUUCUCUUCUACGAUUCUAUUGAAGAGGGUACUGGUGUGUUCAUGGUGGUGGUUUUCCGUGGCGCUAGUGUAUUACGGGCUGGCUAUUAACUCUGUUUCUCUGCCGGGCUCUCGUGAGCUCAACUUCGCGCUGGCUUCGAUCGCUAGCAUACCCGGGGACCUUGCAGCUGUCGUACUACUCGAUAGGUUAGGAAGAAAGAAGACAUUGUUCACUGGUUUCUUCGUCUGCGGCAUGGGCUGCAUAGCGACUGCAUUUGUCUCUAAAGAGGUCCAGUGGGCCCAGAUAGCAGUGUACCUAGUUGGCAAGAUGGGCAUCGCGACGUGCUUCAACUCGGUGUACGUGUACACGUCGGAGCUGAUGCCCACCUCGGCGCGCAGCUCGCUCGUCGGCGCCUGCUCCAUGCUCGCGCGAGUGGGAUCGAUACUCGCGCCGCUCACGCCGCUGUUGAGCUCGUGGUGGUCGGCGCUGCCGACAGUGGUGUUUGGGUGCGCGGCUCUGAGCGCAUCUGCACUGGCGUUUGCGGCACCGGAGACGCUGCACCGCCCUUUGCCCGACACCGUCGCGCAGGCCGAGGCUUUGCAGUAGUCUAUACUCGGACUUACCAUUAUUGGAAUCGCUGCA